AAGCUCCCGAUACCAACCUGGCGCGGGUUUGCCUGCAGUCCCUGUGGCGUCUGUUCAGCAACCUGGAACCGACCUCUCCUCUGCGGUACCACGUCUACUACCAUCUGGUGCAGGUGGCCAAGCGUGCCGAUCAAGUCAAAGAGGUCUUCUCCGGAGUGGAUCAGCUGAAGGCUCAAUUCACCCAGUGCCCGCCGUCGAACGAACAGAUGCAGAAGCUGUACCGCCUGUUGCACGACGUCCUGAAGGAUACCAACAGCGAGCUGGCCUCGAAGGUGAUGAUCGAACUGCUGGGUACCUAUACGGCCGAAAAUGCUUCCUACGCGCGCGAGGAUGCCAUGAAGUGUAUCGUGACGGCGCUGGCUGAUCCGAACACGUUCCUGCUGGAUCCGCUGCUGUCGCUGAAGCCCGUCCGGUUCCUGGAAGGGGAACUGAUUCACGAUCUGUUGUCGGUGUUUGUUUCGGAAAAGCUGCCCAGCUAUCUGCAGUUUUACAAGAACCACAAAGAAUUUGUUAACUCUCAGGGACUAAACCACGAGCAGAACAUCAAAAAGAUGCGCCUGCUGUCGUUCAUGCAGCUGGCCGAGAGCAACCCGGAGAUGACCUUCCAGCACCUGCAGGACGAGCUGCAAAUCGGCGAGAACGAAGUGGAACCCUUCAUCAUCGAGGUGCUCAAAACGAAGCUGGUCCGCGCCCGGAUGGACCAGAAGGCCCGCAAGGUGCACAUCUCCAGCACGAUGCACCGAACCUUCGGGCGGCCCCAGUGGCAACAGUUGCGCGACCUACUGCACGCGUGGAAAGCCAACCUGACGUUGGUGCAGGAAAACAUGAAAUCCGUCUCCGAUGCGCAAAUGGAACUGGCGCACAAGCAGUAAAGAGGGGCCGGUUAGAUAGAGAUUGUUUGUUGAUAAAAAAGAAAAUAACAAGUGAAAUAGACUCUUACAUUAAAAUUGAACUAACUAUUGGAGCAGCAACAGUGAAUUAAUUGUUGUGUGAAACGCAAGUGACUACUACUCCCGCCCAGCCAGUACCUCUGCCAUUUGCCGUCCGGAACCAAUCCGGUGGUGAAGAAGACGAGCUAAAAGUGUAAUUUUCCCUAAAACUUUCGGUUCGGGCGGGAGCUUCUUGAGUGCGCGAGUGAUAACAAAAAACCUAAACAAAAAAGAGGACACAUACUAGCGAAAAAGGGGGCCGGGACACCGACGAAUCUGGAGAAGGCCCCCCAUUGGGGCCUUGGUCUAGAUUUCGAAGGUGUGAUCCUGUGACGACCCCCGAGGGGAUUCGUGGGGGAAGGAGAGGCGUUUCGUUCAUUACAUUAACCGGUAUCGUAUAGCGUAGCAGCAGACGGGGGAAGUUAGCGAUAAGCUUGUAUCGAUUACACAAUUUUCAUAAGUAAUAUAUACAAUUUUAAAGUAUGAACGAAACCAAUAGAAUA